ACAGAGCGAUGCAAUCGGGGCGGUGAAAGUGUUUUGUUGGGUUUGCUUUGGUUGCAAGCGCAACAAUUUGUGAUAUAAUUACCGUUGAUCGAAAUGGCGACCGGACAGCUGAUGGCCGUCACGCUGCUGACGCGCGCCAUCGAGUACGAUGUGGUGGGCCGAAAGCUGGAAGCGCUCAAACUUUACGAGGACGGAAUCGAGGCGCUACUCAAAGAAUCCAAAGCUGAAACGGAUGCGAAAAAGAAGCACCACUACCAAACGAAGAUCGUCGAGUACAUGAACCGUGCGGAACAGGUGAAAGAGCUCGUGACACGGUGGAAAAGUAAAGGCGUGAUUAGUGACAAAAUCCACAUCGUCGAGGGGGCCACCGGUUACGGGUACGGGCGGAUCUUUGGCGAGUACUUAAACGAUGACGUGCGCGAGCUGCUGAUCGAGGAACCGUACGUCCGGGAUCACUAUCAGAUCUGCAACGUCGUGAUGCUCUGCGAGCUGGCCGUGCGCAGCUGCCGUAAUCUGAAGUUUAUUCAACUGCUGACCGUGCAGGACGCGAAAAACAACGACGAACAGGGCCGCGCGUUCGGGACGCUGAAGGAAAGUUUGCAGAAACACGCCGUUAAGUUUGUGGUCGAAUACUCGGAGCAUAUGCACGAUCGCCAAGUGAUAUUAAGCAAUGGUUACGUGGUGAAGAUUGGCCGGGGCUUGAACUACUUCAAACCGUCGCCCAGCCGGUACCAGCUCGGUGCAUUCGACUACCACUACCGCGAGUGCCGCGAAACGAACGUGGACGUGUUCUACUGUCCCGAGAAUAAUAAAUCAUGAUUCGAAAGGACGC